UAUAUAUUUUUUUUUAAAUUUGCACCUUUCCUCCGAGUCCCCCACUCCACAAGCUUGCGCGCCUCCUAGCACCACUUUUCACUCCCAGAGAAAGAUGAAAGGUGGCUGUGUCUCCCAGUGGAAGGCGGCCGCCGGGCUCCUCUUCUGUGUCAUGGUUUUUGCAUCUGCCAAGAGACCGGUCUUCACGAAUCAUUUUCUUGUGGAGUUGCAUAAAGGAGGAGAGGAAGAAGCUCGCCAAGUUGCAGCAGAACACGGCUUUGGAGUCCGAAAGCUUCCCUUCACUGAAGGCCUGUACCACUUUUAUCACAAUGGCCUUGCAAAGGCCAAGAGAAGACGCAGCCUACAUCACAAGCAGCAGCUGGAGAGAGACCCCAGGGUAAAGAUGGCCUUGCAGCAAGAAGGAUUUGACAGAAAAAAACGGGGGUAUAGAGACAUCAACGAGAUCGAUAUCAACAUGAAUGAUCCUCUUUUUACAAAGCAGUGGUAUCUGAUCAAUACCGGACAAGCUGAUGGCACUCCUGGCCUUGAUUUGAAUGUGGCAGAAGCCUGGGAGCUGGGAUACACAGGGAAAGGUGUUACCAUUGGAAUUAUGGAUGAUGGGAUUGAUUAUCUGCACCCGGACCUGUCCUCGAACUACAACGCCGAGGCAAGCUAUGACUUCAGCGGCAAUGACCCCUAUCCUUACCCUCGGUACACAGAUGACUGGUUCAACAGCCACGGGACCCGAUGUGCAGGCGAGGUUUCUGCCGCAGCCAACAACAAUAUCUGUGGGGUUGGAGUGGCGUACAACUCCAAGGUCGCAGGUAUCCGGAUGCUGGACCAGCCCUUCAUGACGGACAUCAUCGAGGCCUCGUCCAUCAGCCACAUGCCUCAGCUGAUCGACAUCUACAGUGCCAGCUGGGGCCCGACUGACAACGGGAAGACGGUGGACGGCCCCCGCGAGCUCACACUUCAGGCCAUGGCCGACGGCGUCAACAAGGGCCGAGGCGGCAAAGGCAGCAUCUACGUGUGGGCCUCCGGGGACGGUGGCAGCUACGACGACUGCAACUGUGACGGCUACGCCUCCAGCAUGUGGACCAUCUCCAUCAACUCGGCCAUCAAUGACGGCAGGACCGCCCUGUAUGACGAGAGCUGUUCCUCCACCUUGGCCUCCACCUUCAGCAACGGCAGGAAGAGGAACCCCGAGGCCGGCGUGGCGACUACAGAUUUGUAUGGCAACUGCACCCUGAGGCAUUCUGGGACAUCCGCAGCUGCACCUGAGGCAGCUGGAGUGUUUGCACUGGCUUUAGAGGCUAACCUGGGUCUGACCUGGAGAGACAUGCAGCAUCUGACUGUGCUCACCUCCAAACGGAAUCAGCUUCACGACGAGGUCCAUCAAUGGCGGAGGAAUGGGGUUGGCCUGGAGUUUAAUCACCUCUUUGGCUACGGGGUCCUUGAUGCGGGUGCCAUGGUGAAAAUGGCUAAAGACUGGAAAACUGUGCCUGAGAGAUUCCACUGUGUGGGAGGCUCCGUGCAGGAUCCUGAGAAAAUACCAUCCACUGGCAAGUUGGUGCUGAGCCUCACCACCGAUGCAUGUGAGGGGAAAGAAAAUUUCGUCCGCUAUCUUGAGCACGUCCAAGCUGUCAUCACAGUCAAUGCCACCAGGAGAGGAGACCUGAACAUCAACAUGACUUCCCCGAUGGGCACCAAGUCCAUCUUGCUGAGCCGGCGUCCAAGGGAUGACGACUCUAAGGUAGGCUUUGACAAGUGGCCUUUCAUGACCACCCACACGUGGGGAGAAGACGCCCGAGGAACCUGGACCCUGGAGCUGGGGUUUGUCGGGAGCACACCUCAGAAGGGGGUGCUGAAGGAGUGGACACUGAUGCUGCAUGGCACGCAGAGCGCCCCUUACAUCGACCAGGUUGUGCGGGAUUACCAGUCCAAGCUGGCCAUGUCCAAGAAGGAGGAGUUGGAGGAGGAGCUGGACGAAGCUGUGGAGAGAAGCCUGAAAAGCAUCCUUCAUAAGAACUAGAGCCGCAGCCGGGCCUCGACUGCCUCCCUCCCUCCCCCAUCUCUGCCUCUCUGUCCUCAUUCCACAUUCUGUCAGGAACCUAGCAAUUACUGUCACUCUCUCAUAAGCGAUUCCAACCUCUCAAUCUGAAGCUUCACUCACUGUCAAUGAUUUUUUUUGUCGCAAUGGACGCAAUCUUUUUACUUCUGUGCCCCAAAUACAGUGUUCCCACCAAAACCUCUGUCCUAUUUGUGACUCUAAAGUUCUUUAUUUGUGUCAUUCGGAUAGGCGAUAGCCAGCAAACAAAACUGGGACAGUUUCCCCUCCAUUUUGUUCCUAUCUGAGAAGAGAAUGCAUGUAAAAAGCCACAUGCAGUGACUCCAAGAGCAUUUAUUCGUGGUCUCAGCUGAGGACCUGCUACACAAAAAGGGAAAGAUAAUAACAGAAGGUAAGCUCUGAAUGUCUAAAGCACAAAAGAUGCUGUAGGUCCUUUGGGGGAAAAUGUUUGGAAUUUAGCAAGAUUUUUCAGUGACGUAGAUGAAGGUAGGGUGAUGCACAAUUCGCCAUCCAUGACAGCCCUAAUCACUGGCUGGGGAAGAGAGGGUCAAAAAGCAUGAGCGUUGGAAAUCGUUCCACCAACACCAACAGCAUAACUUGUCCUACUCAGCCAGCGUGAUCCAUGUAAAAACCUCAGUAGCGUGGCUGUCCUUUCACCAGCUGCUCUUCUGUCACGGUAGAAUCUGCUAGAGAAGCCCAAAUUAUUCCGUUUGUAUAGAAUUCAUCCCAGCCCCAAUUUUCUGGGGUUCCUCACAUAGCUAUCCGAAAGAAAAAAAGGCGAGGGAAGUCUGGCAACACGCCUAGGAAAGAAUAGCUCGGUGGCUUAGAACACAGGAACGUUCCUCUUCCUCAAUCACUUUGGAGCUUCUGAAUCUGAUGUGAGUAGUGAGAUGAGUAUUUUGGGUGCACAUACACUUGGGCUUUGAUCUCUAAAACAUAUGGUUGUGGUUCUUUGAUGCGUUGGGGAAAUGGCCUCCAUUCUGGAAGAGGUGUGUGAAGGGUGAAGGGGAUGUGUCUGAGGAUGCGGACCGUCAUUUGUGUGGAGCCUCUUCUGCCAAAGGGGGGACAUGCUGACCCAUCCCCUAGCAACAGGGGGCCGAAGGAAGCAAGAGAAGACCUCCAUGGGGAAAGCACACAGUUACCAUCUUGACAACUGAGCAACCCCUGAAGAUGUUUAACAGGCAACCCAAAGGUGACACACUCCUCCCCCUGCUGACCCCGCAAGACACAGCACCAUUUCAUUACCAAAUAGAAAUGCUUUCUAUUGGACCCAUCAUCGCUUUGUUUUUUAUCCCAAGGAUUGGCCCCUUUAUGGGUUUGAUUUGAUUCCGGAGAACUGAUCGACCACUUCUGGCUGCAUUUCUCCCUUCCUGUGGGAGCAUGUGGCUAAAGCUCAGAGUUCCUUUCCUUAAAGCCAGCAACGCAAGGGCACUAAGUUCCAUUCUUUGGAGGUGGCGACUUUAAG